AUGCUCAUCUGGAUUUUAUGCCUUUGCCUAUGCCAAAGCGUAACCGUGAAAGCGACAGGGGAGCUUUUCUGUUCGUCUCAGAACUCUGGCAGUUCUUCCGGCGGAUUUCAAAACAUAUACCAGAGCCAUCUUGCUUGUUCGGAGCACUGUAAUGGCUCUUCGUACGCAAUUUUGCAGAAUUCAAACUGCUGGUGCUCCAAUCAGGGGCCCAGUGGGACGGUUUCUGUAGAUCAGUGCAAUCAGUUUUGCCCCGGGUUUCGCUAUGAGAAUUGCGGUAGCGAAGAAAAUGGUUUGUUUGAGUACAUCUACAUAGGCGCUGGAUCGCCGGACAUCAGUCCUAGCCUCAGUUCAUCAAGCGAAAGUUCUUUGCAAACUAGUUCGGAGAUCAGCCAAGCUUCCGGUAGUCAGAGCUCCACGAGUCUGGCGGGCAGCAGUUCGAUGAGCGCACUUAGUAGUAGCUGGUCUUUUGCUUCGUGGAGCUCGUCUGUGUCGCCAACUUCUUCAUCUUCGGUGGUUUUAUCCAGUUCUUCUCAAGCUUCCUCCGCGGUAGUUACGUCGAGUAUUAUCGUAUUGACGUCGUCUGAUGCUUCACAGUCGGAUGAAGUCACAUCAGCAAGCUCAUCUUUCUCAGUGGUCACUUUUUCAAAUUCAGACUCUUCCUCUGACAUCGCCCCAAGUGUGACUUCUAGUGCUACUAGCACGUCCAGCGUUGUUUCUAGUGCUAUUCCGAGUGCUACAUCUAGUGUGAUUUCUACUGCUAUGUCUAGUACCACAUCGAGUUCCACGUCUAGCACCAUAGCGAGUACCACGUCUAGUGCGUCAUCUAGUGUUGUAUUCAGUACCAGUUCAAGUAUCACUUCAACCACGGCAUCUAGUACAACGUCUGGUACGACGUCUAGUAUCACGUCUAGUAGUUCGCCAAGCCUCGUUACCACUUCCAGUACUGUUACGCCAAGCACUAUAGUAUCGAGUACUGUCGUAUUGACAAGUCCCGUAUAUUCUGUUUCAUCUGAUGCUAUUAUAACAGAGUUAUCCGUGGUAACGCUCACCAGUACUGAGAUUCCCUCUAUGCCCAUCUUUAAUAAUGGCUCUCAAUAUGCAACCAGUUAUUUGCAGAUUACGAGGACGAUACUAGCAACGAGCUCAGGUCUAACGACCAGCAGGCCCUCUGGUACUGGCAUUCCAUUAGAUGCUGUUUCAUCCAAGAAGCACUCCAAUGGCGAUAGAUCAAGUUACUGGUCGUCCCCAGGAAAGGUUGCUGGCACUUUUGUUCCCAUUGGAGUAUUCAUUGUCGUACUUAUAAUUAUAAUAUGGGUCUCUAUGAGAAGAAGGCGCAGAUAUUCUCAGAACUUCGAAAAGGAAAGAGCUUCCUCCUCUACAAGUGCAAACAAUUCUCAAAUGUUCGUUUAUGCUGACGAAAAAGGUAUCGUCGAACUUGACAACUCCCCGGUGGAGCACGAACCGCCUACAAGGUCGAAUUCCGUGCUUUGGACAGUAGAUCAAAGACUUGACCCACGCAGAAUGCUUUCGGAGAUCGAACACUGCUCCUCAAAAGUAUCUCUUGCGGACGACGUUGAUUAUUCAAGAAAAGUGUUGAGAAUCGUCAACGAAUAG